CCGCUGGAGCUGCAUCUUCGCGGCAAGCUGGAUCCGGGCCCCCCGGAGACGGGCAGCAAGGCCAAGAAGGGGCGCCGCAGCCGCACUGUCUUCACCGAGCUGCAGCUCAUGGGGCUGGAGAAACGGUUCGAGAAGCAGAAAUACCUCUCCACGCCCGACAGAAUAGACUUGGCCGAAUCGCUGUGGCUCAGCCAGCUCCAGGUGAAAACCUGGUACCAGAACAGGCGCAUGAAAUGGAAGAAAAUA